GAGUCGUACUCGCCCUAUACCUCGUCGUACAGCACCUCCUCCUACACCCCUUUGGAGACCUCGGAGAUCACGGAGACCCGCCGUAGCGUCUCCCCUAUAAGGACGACCUCCUACAGACCCUCUGCCACGACCCAGCUCGUCCUUAACCGAGUGGCUUUGAGGCCGACGACUUUGCUCAGGGGCUACCCUCCCAUGGGCCCCCCACCCCCACGUAUGGCUCCCCGCAGCAUGGGUCCCUACUACGACUAUGACUACGGCUACGGAGGGGGCUACGGCGGGGGCUAUGGAGGGGGCUACGGCGGGGGCUAUGGAGGGGGUUACGUCCCGCCUCCAAGGAUGAGCCGUUACGACAGCUACCUCGACGACGAGUUCUUGGAGCCGAGCACCUACGUCCCCCGCUAUCGUCCUCGCAUGCAUGACCACCUCGACGAUACCGACUUCCGCGAAAAGGCCCCCGCCCCGAGAGGCCUGGAGGGCCCCGACGACAGCAUGGCCCUGGUGCCCCACCGCAGCCAGCGGCCCAGGCGGGCGCAGCUCGAGUCCGGCCCGCGUCCCGAGACCACAGUGGUGCCGGGAGCCGAGUCCGAGGGCGACCGCCACCUGGCCCGCCUGGAGCGCCGUUACCCCAGCCUUUCUGAACCGCAGAUGCUCCAGGACCACGUCGACAAGAUGCGCAUCAAGCUCAAGUCCCUGGCCUUCUCGCUCGACCCGUCCGGCCCCGUCCCAGACAUCAUCAUCCCCGAGAAGAGGAGGACGACCGAUCCCUCCGACUCCAAGUACUCCAGGGCCCUGGAUUUCGCGGAGCUUCCCAAGUUGGCCUCCCGCAGACAGCGAUACUACCCUGAGGACGAGCACAUGAAAGACAACCUUAGGAUCAAGUGUCUGAGCCACUACAAGACCACACGCACCGCCGCCGAUUACUGGAAGCCCAAACAGUACAUUCCUGACGAGUCACUCAAGGUGAUGCCCGACUCGUCAUACCGCUCCGCCGUCAAGAGCGGUGCCCAGUGGGAAGAGCCAGACACAGUAUUCGGCGCUGGCUCCGACAGGAAGCCGUUCUCUAAGGUAGAGACCGGCUCCUCCUUCUUCUCCACCUAUGGUUACACCAACCGAAAGAAGGACUAUGUGGCAGAGAAGGUGCGUGAUUAUUACUACUUCGGGGACAAGGCGAAGGACACAGGUCACGUGCGCUUCAACGGAACCGCUCAUAAGCCCCUCGCCGACGGCACCGAGGAGAUGUCCGAAGAGAAGAAGGAGCGCAGGAAGAAGAAGAAGUCGAAGGAGCGCGACGUGGUGGCCGAGCUGGAGGCGGCGCCGCCACCCCGACCUCCACCUCCGAGCUGGAGUCGUCCUCCGUGGCCCCCGCCUCCGCCCCCGCCGAGACCAAGGCCUCCGAGGGCGAGGCGGCGCCCGUGUCCGAGGAGCAGGUGGAUGACGAGAAGGAGCGCAAGAGGCUCGAGAAGAAGAAGAGGAAGGCCGAGCGUGAGGCUGCCGCCAAGGCCGCCAUGGAGGCCGAGCUGGCCGCCCUCGCCGCCGCCGAGGCCGAGCUGGCCCGCCUCGAGGCCGAGAGCAACUCUCUGAAGACGGACGCCCCCGCCCCGGUCCCCGAGGUGUCCGCCCCGCCCCGGUGCCCGAGGUGUCCGCCCCAGCUGAGGUUUCCGCCCCGGCCGAGCCUGCUGCCGAGGUGAAAAGUGAGUCCGCUGCUGAAAAA